CAAUACACCUCAAAAUAUCCUCUUUCUUAUCAGAUGCUAUGGAUUGCACUAGCUGUCCAGAGGAUCUCUGGUCCAACCCCCAGCGUGACCACUGUGUUCCUAAAAAAACAGAGUUCCUCUCCUACCAUGAGCCUCUUGGUAUCUGCUUGACAACCACUUCGUUGCUGUGUACAUGUAUCUGUGUUGUUGUGUUGGGCAUUUUUACCUAUCAUCGCCACACACCGAUCGUACGCGCCAACAAUUCAGAACUGAGUUUCCUGCUCCUGGUAUCACUGAAACUAUGUUUCAUGUGUUCACUGCUGUUUAUCGGUCGUCCCAGACUGUGGACAUGCCAGCUGAGACAUGCAGCAUUUGGGAUCAGCUUUGUGCUUUGUGUCUCUUGUAUUUUGGUAAAAACUAUGGUGGUUCUGGCUGUGUUUAAGGCCUCCAAGCCAGGAGGUGAAGACAUUCUGAAGUGGUUUGGUGCUAUGCAGCAGAGAGGGACAGUCAUGGUUCUCACUUCCAUUCAGGCAGCAAUCUGCACUGCCUGGAUUGUGUCUUCAUCACCGGCUCCUCAUAAAAACACUCAAUAUUACAAUGAUAAGAUUAUUUAUGAGUGUGUAGUUGGGUCAACAGUUGGUUUUGCAGUGUUACUGGGUUACAUUGGUUUACUGGCUAUUCUUAGCUUCCUGUUAGCUUUUCUGGCAAGGAAUCUUCCAGAUAAUUUCAAUGAGGCCAAACUCAUCACUUUCAGCAUGCUGAUCUUCUGUGCUGUGUGGGUGGCCUUUGUCCCUGCUUAUGUUAACUCUCCAGGUAAAUACGCAGAUGCAGUGGAGGUAUUUGCCAUCCUGGCCUCCAGCUUUGGCCUCUUGGUAGCACUGUUUGGACCCAAAUGUUACAUAAUCCUUCUGCGACCAGAGAAAAAUUCGAAGAAAGCAAUCAUGGGUCGAGGAACCACCAACUCAUAAAAGCAGCAGUUACAGUAAAAUAAUCAACUAGUCUUAACCAAUUUGUAUUAAUUAAGUAGAGAUCUGCCUUUGAAAUGACAGGACCUUUAUCAGAUAAACAACUUGCUUUUUCGUUUCAGGAAUUCUUUUUAUUGUGAAGGAUAUAUUUUGUAAAAACUGGAAGCUAGAAGAAAUCUUUGUGAAUAACAGUUUAGCUACCUUUUGUGUCACUGUUUUUCUUUAUCAGACUUUAUACUCUGUCUCCCAAAAGAAAAAGGAAAAAAAUAAAGAAUGAGUGCCUAGUAGUGGUACUCAAUUUUGUCUGUAUUAACAUAGAGAUACUUGGUGGCCC